GCGCGGGGGCCGGGCCGGAAGCCUGGUGCCGGGCGGCGGCUGCCGCUCGCGGCCCGCUCCGGGGGAUGGAGCCCCUGGAGCCCCUGCCGGCCCCGCAGCUGGUGGCGGCGGCGCGGGAGGCGCUGGGGGCCGGGACCGGGCGGCGGCGGCGGCGGCUGCCGGCCUCCCGAGCCCUGCAUCUGGCCGGGGAGGUGCUGGCGGUAGCGGCGGGGCUGAAGCCGGCGCUGCUGUACGACUGCGGCGCCGCGGGCCCCGCCGAGCUCCGGCACUACCUGGCGCGGCUGCGGGAGGCCGGGCUGGCCCCGCGCCGCCUGCACCUGUUGGGCGCCGGGGGCUCGGCGCUGCUGCUGCACCCCGGCAGCGCCCGGCGGCGGCUGGAGGCCGCGCUCCGCGCCCGCCCCGGGCCCUUCGUGGACGUGGCGGCGGCGAGGGGCAGCCCCGAACUCUGCGGGCCCGCCCAGGCCCAGGCCAUCAGGGAUCACCUCGCCGCCCUCCUGGCCCACCUGGAGGCCGCCGAGGACGACGCUGCCGGCCCCGUCUCCUGCAGCGAGGUCGUCCCUGCCGGCUGGAACCUCUGCACCGUGUUCGGGGUGCUGCUGGGCUACCCGGCCUCCUACCACUUCCCCGUGGAGGAGGGUGGCGAGAACUGCCUGGCGCUGAUGCCACUCAGGGUGUUCACAGUGCGGGCCUGCUGCCCCCGGAUCCAGGGCGGGCUUGGGGUACAGAUCUACUCCUUCAGCAUCCCCGAGAGCCUCUGUGAGGAGCUGCGGGAAGUGCUGGACGCCUGGUGCGACGACCUGAGGGACAGGUUCCGCGCGCAGAGUGACUUUGUGGACCUCUGCAUUUCGAGCGAGGUGGUGUCGCUUCCAGCAGUUGCCUUAUAACACAAACACAUGCUGACUUUCUACCGCAUGCCUCACGUGCCUCAGGGAGUGAGGUGAGAAACUCACCGAGAGGCUCCCGAGAGGCCCCAAGCACUGGGGGCUGUGCUGUGGCAGCUUGGGCCCCGACCGCUCAGGCCGGUUGCUGCAAGUCCACGCACAUCCCAAGUCUGUGGGUGAAUGCACCCAGAGCUGCUCCACAGCCUGGAUCCUGACUGUGCUCUGUUGGGUAUAUUUAUUUGCUGCAAACAAUAAAAAAAAAAAA